UCUGUCAACAGAACAAUGGCGGAUUUCGUAGAGGAAGCUCAGGGCAGCUGGGACCAGGAUUUAGCCGAGGCUCUGGACUCUGGCGGGUCAGACAGUGAAAUGGAGAGCAUCGUGCAGAUCCAAGAGCAUUCAGCUGAACAUAGAGCCAAGAUGUGGAAGAUUGCGCUGAAUGUCUCUGGAAAAGGAGACAGCCUGUCUCCUUGGGACGGGGUGCUCGAUCUACCAGAACAGACUCUCAUUCACAACCGCAGUCAGCAGCUGAUUGAUCAGCUGGGAGUUUCAGAGGAAGAGGGGCGCGAACUGGUGUCUGAUGUCGAGUCUGUCAUCACUUUCUACUGCAAGUCUCGUAACAUCACCUUCAGCCCAGAUCUCAGCCUGCCUCACCUGCUUAAACCCCUGCUGGGGCUAAAGUUACCGCGCAGCGAUCUCUACAACUGUUUCUACGCCAUCAUGAACAAAUACAUCCCCAGGGAGUGUGUGCCGAACGGACGACCCUUCCACCUGUACAGACUGUUGCUGCAGUAUCACGAACCGGAGCUGUGCUCCUUUCUGGACACCAAAAAGAUCACUCCUGACUCCUACGCCAUCAACUGGCUGGGGAGUCUGUUUUCCAGUCACUGCAGGCCUGAGGUCACUCAGGCUUUGUGGGACUCAUACCUCCAACAGGCCGAUCCUUUCCUCAUCUUCUUCCUCAUGCUCAUCAUCCUCGUCAAUGCCAAAGAAACCAUCCUUACAGAAGUUGGAGACAGCAAAGAGGACAUCAUCAAAACAUUGGAAAUGUCCCCCUCCCUCCUGGAAGCAGAAGACAUUGAAGAUUUGUUUUCAUUGGCCCAGCAUUACCAGAGCAAAACCCCUCUGUCACUCAGAAAGAUGAAUCAGAAUCUGUUUGGUAGCAGCCUGGUGGCUCUUAAAGAGGAGGAUACUGACCUGAGUCAGGCCCUGUGCCUCCCUGUGUCUGUCCCUGAAAUCCUGCAGGCCAACCAGCUUCAACAGGACGGGGUGCGUUUCUUUGUGGUGGAUUGCCGACCUGCAGAGCAAUACAAUGCUGGACACCUGUCCACAGCCUUCCACCUGGAUUCUGACCUGAUGCUCCAGAACCCCUCUGAGUUUGCUCUGUCUGUGAAGUCUCUGUUGGAGGCGCAGAAGCAGUCUUUAGAGUCGGGCUCCAUCGCCAGCGGAGAGCACCUGUGCUUCAUGGGCAGCGGGAGAGAAGAGGAGGACAUGUACAUGAACAUGGUGCUUGCUCAUUUCCUACAGAAAAACAAAGAAUAUGUGAGCAUUGCUAAGGGAGGCUUUAUGGCUCUGCAGAAGCACCUGGUAGACAUGAACGUUGAAGGCCUGGACUCCUCAUACAUGAACUGGAUCGUCAGCACAUCUGGAUCUCACAGCAGCCUUUGCUCUGUCGACGGAGAGUCUUUGAGCAGCCCUGGAGACGGUAAAGGUGUGAAGUCUCUAGUCAACAAAAUGACCUUUGCUCUCAAGUCCAAGUCGGUGAACGUAAAAGAGAAAAUGAUAAGCUUCAUCGAGAACACGUCUGCACCUGUAGACAAAAUAUCUUUCAAUCUGCCUUGGCCAGAGAAGGUGAUCCCAGAUCGACACGUGAGCAGCAGCGACCGCGUUGGAAAGCCAUAUCGAGGGGUGAAGCCCGUCUUCAGCAUCGGUGACGAAGAGGAGUAUGACGACACAGAUGAGAUUGACAGCUCUUCGAUAUCGGACGAUGACCGUAAGGAGAUUGUAAACAUUCAGACGUGGAUAAACAAGCCAGACAUCAAACACCACAUUCCCUGUAAUGAAGUCAAAGAAACGGGUCACAUGUUUCCCAGUCACUUGUUGAUCACAGCGACUCACAUGUACUGCCUUAGAGAGAUUGCCUCCAGGAAAGGAUUUGCUUACAUCCAGUCCAGACAAGCACUGAGCUCAGUGGUGAAGAUCACAUCCAAAAAGAAACACCCAGAACUCAUUACUUUCAAAUUUGGGACCAACAACUCGGCUGGAGUGGAAAUAUCUGCAGUUGAGAGAUAUUUGAUACCAAAUGCAGGAGAUGCCACAAAAGUCAUCAAGCAGCAGAUCAUGAAGGUCUUAGAUGCGCUGGAGAGCUCGUAAGUGGAGACCAUCAGAGUCCCUAAGGGAGGUCUGGGUCACAGCUGAUGACAUAAACUGUAAGAGUCGCCGUCUCCUCCUGCUCUCCCAUUGGAUGUCCUCCAUCCUGGACAGAUCCCAGUGCAGUGUUCUACUCUGACGCCCCGUGUCUUCGUCUGGGACAUCUGGACACAUCGCCCAACAGUAGACCUGCGUCUAAGGCCGCCUGUGUUCAAAAAAAUAGGUGCUCCAAAGUCGUCCAACCAUUUACCUGUGACUAAUUUAUAAAAUAUUGGUUAUGUUGUGUGUUGUUUCUAAGGGGAAACAGAGUCAGUGCAGUUUGGCUUUGAUGUUGCUCUGGCCUUAACGUAGCACACUGGCCAACCAGUGGCAGACCUAUAACAGACUCCAGCAUCACAGCUCCUACUCUUUGGUUUUCUUUCAAGUGAUUCUGCAUUUUCCUUUACACACUAAUUAAACUUAUUGUCCUUCAUUCCAGUAGAAACGCAUCAGCUGAGCUUAGACGUAAAGAUCUACGUCCUGAUAAAGGAAAGGUGAAGCUGAUGCAUUAGUUUGUUUUUGUUAAGUUUUCUUCUUUUCCAUCAGGUAUAAGAAUGAAAUUAUUCAAGGGUGUUGAUUAUAUAUUUAAUGUAUAUACUUUGAGACAUGCUCUGUCAAAACAAAUUGACAAAAUGGUUAUGAAAGCAUAGCCUUAUUGACAGAAUAUAGGAAGAGUCUGGAACCAUCUGGAGCUGUUUGAAACAUCUCUUUGCUCCUGCAGUAAAAACGUUUUCUUUUGAGUGAAUCUGAUUUAUUCACGGUUCUUAAAUUUAGUUAUGGAUCGAUUUCACCUCUUAGCAGUUUGAUGUAGCUCUCAGAAAACAGCCUCCAGAGGCCCUUUGGGCCACAUUAGGAUCACUCAGUGAUUGUAGUCAAUGAGAAACUCAGAUAUUUACAUUAAAAAAGUGUUUCUCUCCUUAUGCUUACCUCCCCGACUCUCAUAGGAAACAUGUUGUGGUACAAAGGGCUGUGCUUCCCUCCCAGAAGGAAUAAAAUAUUAACUAACUGGUUUGGUUUGCAGAUUACUUUUUUUUUUUUUUUUUGUUGGUUAAGUCAGAAAACGGCUUCAGUUUGCUUGUGUCUGGCCUUAUAAGGCUGGGAUGUAAUUUCAGACUCCAGUAGUGGCCACUUUACGUGGUAACAUGCAGUUUAUUUAGUUUUACAUUUGCUCUUGCUUGCUUAUGCAUUUGCUUUACGGUUACCUGUGCAGGAAGCAGGGGUAGCCAUCAGAGUGUAAAUUUCAGUUCCUAGAGCGCUCUCUAAACUAUUUAUUUUUAAUCACCAUAAUAUAGACUAAAGACUCUUGAGAAAUGAUGAGAACGCUAAACUUGAAUCAAAAGGUCUUGAUCAGGUUUGUCUUUAGUCCGUUCUGUUCUUCUAUUCAUUCUUCUAGUCAUUCAUUGUGUUGUAAUGUACAUUACAUCAGUUUUCAGUAUUCCCGCUGACUGGAACAUCCGUGAUUUGGAGUCUUUCCAUCACUCUGUAACAUUAACAGGAUGGCACCACUAUAUUGAAGUACAUAUAAUUACUUUGCACCUUACUGUACUGCUUUUGUUUUUCUAAACAUUUCCGUUUUUAAUAAAUGGAGAUUAUUGGACUGCAAUU